AGCUAAGUGCCUGAAGUAGGUCGGUUCAAGAAGAAGCCUUCAUGUUGCAUCCGUACAGAAUGGAGGGGUACCUCAUCUCACCUGGUCCUGCAUCAGAAGACAUGUACGAACCCGACAUCUAUAGACAACAAAUGUCCGAAUAUUCAUAUCCGUAUGUCAUCGAUGCAGAGAGUCAAGGAGAACACUGGGACUAUCACGCCACUCAUCAUGCUCAUCCUCUGGACUUUGACAACCUCCCAGAGGGCCACUUCACUGAGCUCCAGAGUGUCCAGCAGCUACAUCUACCCAGUAUGGCUCGUUACAGCGAUGUUGACACUCUCUCUCUGGACCCUGGCCUUGGGGGACACAACCAUGCCCUACCCCCACCGGUGCCAUAUUACCCUCGUGCCAUGGGCUACUUGCACCCCUCUCCUCAGACGAUGAGGAGCUCAGACGACGAGGAGCCAGGAGGCCGCAGCCCUCCACUAGAAGUGUCUGAUGAAGAGUGUCUGAGGGACCACAUUGCCCACGUAACAAGAGGAGAAUUGGGCAACAAGAAGAAGAUCCGUCUGUACCAGUUCCUGCUGGAUCUGCUGAGGAAUGGGGACAUGAAGGACAGUAUCUGGUGGGUGGACAGGGACAAGGGCACCUUCCAGUUCUCCUCGAAACACAAGGAGGCACUGGCACAUCGGUGGGGCGUACAGAAGGGSAACCGCAAGAAAAUGACCUACCAGAAGAUGGCACGGGCUCUUCGCAACUAUGGCAAGACAGGCGAGGUCAAAAAGGUCAAGAAGAAGCUGACUUAUCAGUUCAGUGGUGAAGUGCUGGGGGGGAGGUCUCACUUGGAGAGGAGGCCAUAUUCCCAUUUGUAGAGGGAGAAACAUAGUGGAAGUCCUGAAGAAGGGUAGAGUGAGAGAGAGAGAGAGAGAGAGAGAGAGAGAGAGAGAGAGAGAGAUAGUUAACUGUAUAUAGUAUGCAAGAUGGUUAUCAAUGUAAUAACUAUUGAUUGUGCUCAAAUCAACAAUAACUGUUUUUGCUGCUCUUGUAAAAAGCAUUUAUGUGAACGUCUAAGCCAAUGUCUUAAUGGAAUCUGACAAUUAGCAAGUUUUGCUCCUACAACUCAAUGAUUGCACAAUCACAUCUGGACCUUUUACAUUCUAUAGCACGUAGAAACAGCACCGUUUCAAAUGAUACUGUCAAUCAUUAUCACCAGAAAGCUUACAGGAGUGGUAAUACAGAUGACCACUAGAAGUCCUCAGAGAUCUCCUUUCUUAAAGCUGUCUGUGUUCACUGACUUCUGCGCACUGUUGGACUCACUGACCAUUGUGCACAUUUGACAUCGAUUAGACUUGGAUGCAAUGUAAACAAAGAAAAAGACUGUGAUAAAGAACUCUUUAGCAUUAAUGAAAUUGAUUUGACACUCUGAGAUGCACUGACUUUGGAUAUGCAAUUCCUCUUGCUUAACCUUUGGUGUAGCAGCACACAAACACAACAUAUUAUACAUUAGCUUUUGCUAAUCAGAAUUGAGAAUUCAGCCAAGCCGUGGUAUAAAGCUUGUAUAUUUGAUUGAUGGUAUUACAUGUGUAUUUCAUACUAACUCAUGUUAGCUCAAGACUUUGGGAAGUAAACCCUUCUGAACAUUG